GAACUCCUGUCCCUGCAGAUGAUCUGGAGGAAAUGUUAUGAAGACGGGUUUUAUACGAAUAAUCAUACGUAUGCAAGCAAACUAGCAUUUCACAGCCUAAAAUUAGGCGUAGAUUUACAAAUACACAUUCAAGAGCUGUUGAAUCGCCAUCUCUGGAAAAUGGAUCCAGGAUACGUAUUACAUCUCGCUAUUUGAAAUACGUCUCAAUUCAUCUCCUCACUGGCUUUCUUUCUACCACCAACAACAUACCAGGCCGACGUCGACGACAGCUAGCGAGUAUUGCUAGCCACCUAGCUAACACUGCUAGGUUUCCCCAUUUGCUUUUUCUCAGAUGUCCACAAUGAAAACUAAGGUCCUGCAUGCUCCACCCACACCUAGCCCCUCUUCGUGAUUGAACAGCUGCUGACUGACCAGAGAGGUGCAAAAUGUCUGUGUUGCCAUGACUUAAAGACAUCAAUCAAAGAUGGAGAAAAAGAAAAUGUGCCCCCGUCUACUGGACUACCUGGUGGUGGUGGGAGCCAGGCAGCCCAGCACUGACAGCGGGUCCCAGACCCCCCAGCUCCUCCGCCGUUACCCGCUGGAGGACCACCCAGACUUCCCUCUGUCCCCGGACGUGGUCUUCUUCUGUCAGCCUGAGGGAUGCCAGAGCAUCCGGCAGCGCCGGGUCAGCCUGCGAGACGACGCCUCCUUCGUCUUCGCACUCACUGACAAAGACUCGGGCAUCACGCGCUAUGGUAUCUGCGUCAACUUCUACCGCUCCUUCCAACGAGGGGGGCACCGCCGCGACAAGGCGGGUAGCAGUGGAACGGCGGCACAGACAGUGGAAGUGACCAGCGAGGGUUCGGAUGGCAGCGGUGGCUGCCCCAAUGCCUCCACGUUGCCGACGCCUGCCAAUGCCGACACAACAACCACACCUGUGCCAGGCACGGAGCCGGGACCACCCGGUGGCGAGCCAAAUGCCGGCAGGUCCCCUCGGCACAAACGCAGCACUGCCAAGAUGGUCAGUCGGAACCGCGACAGCACGCUGACCUCGCUGUGCAUGAUCAGCCACUACCCCUUUUUCUCCACCUUUAGGGAGUGCCUGUACAUCCUCAAGAGAAUGGUGGACUGCUGCAGCCACAGGUUGACCCAGCGCGCCGGCCUGCCCCGCGCAACUCAGAGGGACACCAUGUGGCGCGUGUUCACGGGGGCCCUGUUGGUGGAGGAGAAAGGCAGCCAGCUGCUGGCUGACCUGCGGGAGAUCGAGUCCUGGGUCUACCGCCUCCUGCGCUCCCCGGUGCCCGUGGCGGGCCAACGGCGCGUAGAUGUGGAGGUGCUGCCCCACGAGAUGCAGCCGGCACUCACCUUCGCCCUGCCCGACAACUCUCGCUUCUCCAUGGUGGACUUCCCCCUGCACCUGCCCCUGGAGUUGCUGGGUGUGGACGCCUGCCUCAUGGUGCUCAGCUGCAUCCUACUGGAGCACAAGGUGGUCCUCCAGUCGCGGGACUACAAUGCCCUGACCAUGAGUGUCAUGGCGUUUGUAGCCAUGAUCUACCCCCUGGAGUACAUGUUCCCUGUCAUUCCCUUACUGCCCACCUGCAUGGCCUCCGCUGAACAGCUUCUCCUCGCCCCCACCCCUUACAUCAUAGGUGUUCCUGCCAGCUUCUUCCUCUACAAAUCCGAUUUCAAAAUGCCCGACGAUGUGUGGCUCGUGGACCUAGACUGUAACAAGGUCAAAGCACCCACCAAUGCAGAGCACCUACCCCUUCUUCCCGAGCCGGAAUCCACAGAACUCAAGAAACACCUGAAACAGGCCCUGGCCAGCAUGAGUCUCAACACCCAGCCCAUUCUGAACCUGGAGAAGUUCCAGGAGGGCCAGGAGUUACCCCUGCUCCCCCCCGGCCAGAACAAGGCGUCGCCCUCCUCCACCGAGUUCAACCCCCUCAUCUACGGCAACGACGUGGACUCUGUGGAUGUGGCCACCAGGGUUGCCAUGGUGCGGUUCUUCAACUCCCCCAAUGUGCUCCAGGGUUUCCAGAUGCACACACGUACGCUGCGCCUCUUCCCCCGGCCUGUGGUGGCAUUCCAGGCCACGUCCUUCCUGGCCUCUCGGCCCCGACGCUCCGGCUUCGCUGAGAAGCUGUCGCACACCCAGGCCGUGGAGUACUAUGGCGAGUGGGCCCUCAACCCCACCAACCUGGCCUUUCAGAGGAUCCACAACAACGUGUAUGACCCAUCUUUAAUCGGAGACAAGGGCAAGUGGUACGCCCACCAGCUGCAGCCAGUGUUCUACCGUGUGUAUGACGGCAGCUCCCGGCUGGCCGAGGCCAUGAGCGGACCCCUAGACGAUGAGGCCAACGACUCGGACCCCACAGACGACAGUGACAGUGAGGCUGGCUACGGUGACUCCAGUUCUUCCUACUCGUCACUUGGAGACUUGGUGAGCGAAAUGAUCAAAUGUGACAUCCAAGGGGACACGCCAAACCUGGAUCCCCCUACCCACGCUGCACUGGGAGACGCCAGCGAAGUGGAGUUCCAGGACUUCCAGGAGUUCAAGGGAGGAGACGGUCCCCUCCCCCAAGAAAAGGCACUGCCCGAGGGGGGUGACGGAGCUCCUGAACCACCUGAUGGACAAGCCCUCCGCUCGAGCUCCAGCACAACCGCCAGUUCCAGCCCUAGCACAAUCAUCCAGGGAGUCAACAAUGAGCAGGCAGAACCAGUGGAAAUGGAGGCAUUGGCCAGUGCAGCUCUACAGAACCCUGUCCCGGGAUUGGGCGCUCCACCCUUCUCCAGACCUCCCCCAGAUGCUGCCCCGGUGGGACCAGCCAAUAAGAAGGGAGAGUACGACAACCCCUACUUUGAGCCUCAGUAUGGCUUCCCCGCUGAGGAGGACCCUGAGGCAGAAGACCAAGAGGAGACGUACACGCCCCGGUUCAACCAGAACCUCAAUGGCAACAAAGCCCAACGCCCCCUGAGGCCCAGCAGCCUAAAGCUGCCCGGAGAGUCGGACGGAGAGGGCGACUCCCGCAACAGUUCUCCAAACUCCACCAUCUCCAACAACAGCAGCGAUGGCUUUGGGGGCCUCAUGUCCUUUGCCAGUAAUCUGUACAAGAACCACGGUUCCAGCUUUAGCCUCUCCAACCUGUCUGUACCCAACAAGGGGGGGCUGAGGGAGAAGGCCGCUGGGGCUGGGCCCUUCCCCAAUCUCAAAGAUGACAGCCCGGCUAGUACCCCGGGUAGCCCGGGUCCAGACAGUCCGGGAGGCGCCCGCGGUCCCCCCAGGGCGCUUGUUGACCAGAAGUCGUCGGUCAUUAAGCACAGUCCCACGGUCAAGAGAGAGUCCCCUUCGCCCCAGGGUCGUGCCAACAACACCAGUGAGAACCAGCAGUUCCUGAAGGAGGUGGUGCAGAGCGUGCUGGAGGGCCAAGGCGUGGGCUGGCUCAACAUGAAGAAGGUACGCCGCCUGCUGGAGAACGAGCAGCUGCGCGUCUUCGUGCUGAGCAAGCUGAACCGUGUCGUCCAGUCCGAGGAGGAUGUCAGGCAGGAGGUCAUCCGUGAUGUGGAGAUUGGCAGGAAGGUUUACAAGGGCAUGUUAGACAUACUGAAGUGCACCGUUUCUAGUCUGGAACACUCGUACACCAAUGCCGGGCUUGGAGGCAUGGCCAGCGUCUUCGUUCUGCUGGAAAUCGCACGCACCCACUACCAAACCAAAGUAGACCCAGAGAAGCACAAGAGGAGCCCCAGUGACUCUGCAAGCAGCCCGGGCAGCAAGGACAGCCCGUCUGCCCGCAUGGAGGGCACCAGGCCCCCGGUGCUCCUCCUCGUUCCCCGUCUCCAACUGCCGCACCCCACCUCGGGGGGAAAAGACACCCACCACUUUGACACCCGGAGUCUGAACGAGGAGAAUUUUAUUGCCUCCAUUGAAUUGUGGAGCAGGCACCAUGAAAAGGAUAAGCAAAAAGCUAUGGAAAAACAACAGAGAGCGGAGGGGGCUAAGAAACAGCACCCUGAGCUGACUGACACGGAGGAGAAGAAGUCCCAGAUCAGUGCUGACAGUGGCCUUAGUGUCACCUCUGGAUCCCAGAAGAGUGACACAGAGUCUGUGACCGGCACUGAAGCGCCAGUCCUUACCAGAAGCACCAGCCAGGACUCAGAGGCCAGCACAGUGAUAAGUAACAGCUCAGGAGAGACGCUGGGAGCUGACAGUGACUUGAGUAGCACCGCUGGGGAGGGCUUGGGUGGCAGGCAAGCCCCCCAUCUCAACCUCUCCAGGGGAACACUGUCCGACAGCGAGGUUGAGACCAACCCGGCUACCAGCUCAGUGUUUGGUAAGACCCAAAAGAUGAAGCCUGGUGUGAAGGAGGCGAAGGCUAAACUUGUGCCUGUCGUGGCUAAGGGGCCUCCCACCCAGCCCUUGGAAGACAUCAGUAUGAGGAUUUACCUAUGUGAUGGCCUGCUGGGGCGCGACAAGAGCUCCAUGUGGGACCAGCUGGAGGAUGCUGCCAUGGAAACGUUCUCUCUGAGUAAGGAGCGCUCUACACUGUGGGACCAGGUCCAGUUCUGGGAGGAUGCUUACUUGGAUGCUGUCAUGUUGGAGAGGGAGGGGAUGGGUAUGGACCAGGGACCUCAAGAGAUGAUUGACAGAUACCUGUCACUCGGGGACCACGACCGUAAGCGCCUGGAGGACGAUGAGGACAGGCUGCUAGCUACUCUACUGCACAAUAUGAUCGCCUACAUGCUAAUGGUUAAGGUGAACAAGAAUGACAUCAGGAAGAAGGUGAGGCGUCUGAUGGGGAAGUCCCACAUCGGCCUUAGCCACAGCCAGGAGAUCAACGAGUGUCUGGACAAACUGGCUAAUUUGAAUGGUCGCGAGCUGUCCAUCAGACCUAGCGGAAGCCGUCACAUCAAGAAGCAGACCUUCGUGGUGCAUGCUGGGACUGAUACCACGGGGGACAUCUUCUUCAUGGAGGUGUGUGAUGACUGUAUAGUCCUGCGCAGCAACAUCGGCACAGUGUAUGAGCGCUGGUGGUACGAAAAGCUCAUCAACAUGACCUACUGCCCCAAGACCAAGGUCCUGUGUCUGUGGAGACGCAAUGGCCAGGAGACCCAACUCAACAAGUUCUACACCAAGAAGUGUCGUGAAUUGUAUUACUGUGUGAAGGACAGCAUGGAAAGAGCUGCUGCCCGACAGCAGAGCAUUAAACCAGGUCCAGAGCUGGGUGGAGAGUUCCCUGUGCAGGACAUGAAGACUGGCGAGGGAGGACUGCUGCAAGUCACCCUGGAAGGCAUCAACCUCAAAUUCAUGCACAGCCAGGUUUUCAUAGAGCUGAAUCACAUUAAAAAGUGCAAUACUGUGAAGGGAGUCUUUGUCCUGGAGGAAUUUGUUCCUGAAACUAAGGAAGUGGUGAUCCACAAGUACAAGACACCCAUGGCACACCAGAUCUGUUACUCCGUCCUCUGCCUUUUCUCCUACGUGGCUGCGGUGAAGGGGAAGGAAGCAGAAGGCAAGCCCAAGCUUCUAUCUCCAAGACCCCUGGCCAGCUAGUCUACAACCCCUCCAACCCCCCCGUGCCUCUCACUCUGCAACAAAGUGGAAUCUCGGCCCUACUAUGACAUUGAGUUCUCACAAUCCUUGAUCCUACACACCUCUUUACUCCUCUUUGCACCCUGUAAGUACAUCUCCAAGAAAUACCCUCUACUCUUUGCGCCUUGCCAUGUAAGUAAAAUUCCUAUGGUGUGUGUGUAUGUACAUGUGAUCCCUGGUCUGUGGCAUCGUGUGUACACCCUUCCCAACCAUGGUCACGUCCACUAGGCUCCUCCCAUACAGGCCCAGCCUGAUGUCUUGGCCGUAAGCGUGCUUGAUCUUCAAGGCGACAGUUCGUUCCCCAUCUCUUUCUUCUCUCGUCCUGGCCUGCUGCCAAGGUCUUAUUGGUUGUUUUUAAUGGGAUGGAGACAGCAAGAGGGAGGGAUGUGAGCCACAGCUCUGCAAGUCGAUAAGAAAGCAACCAACCGCCCCGUCCACUCUCUGCGACUGUGUGAUGAAUAUUCUAUGUGGUACUACUGUAAAACUCCAGUCUGUCCAAACCGGUGAAACGUUUAAAAAGUACUCUAGUACUGACGGUUGUCACUUUGUUAAUAAAUGCUACUUCUGCAUGGUGCAUCAAACACUGCACGUAAAAGCUUAAGGUGUCAUUCCUUUUGAUCCCAAAAUAUCUUGUGUGGUCCAAGAUGUGUGCAUCUCUUUAGCUUGCCCAGUGUUGCGAAACUACUGUAGUAGUUCUACUGUCAAAUGUCUUGUCUGUGGUCCUCUGUAUUGAAUGUUACUAUGGAGAGAAAAAAUGCUGUACAUUUCAACAUAAGAUGUUUGCAAAGUGUGGUUUAUUCACUAGAUGUGCAAUACUUUACGUAGUUAGCCAGAGCCAGAUCAUUGUUCUGUUUUUUUUUAUCUUGGCAAUUCUGGCUUACACAGAGCAAAGAUUGUAAAAAAGGACUUCAUUGUCGUACAUAUUUAUUGAAGUAAAUAAAUAUGACCUAUUGUUUAUACUUGCGAAAUCACUAUUUGGAGAUUCUAGAGAUGUGUAAACCUACUGCUGUUAUGGUUUUGUCUGUUGGAGAGGUGUGUUAAGUCUUCAUGUUGUAGUAAGAUAAAUCCAAUCUAGCCCCAUUUCAGCCCAAUUGUAAGUGGUGUGUAUGUGAGUGUAUACAUGCAUUGUAUUGUUUUGCCAGAUAAGCAAUAUAUGAAUAAUACAGCUAUAUGAUCAGGAUAUUGUUUUUAAUGUUUACGUGGCUUUUAUUUUUUAGAGAUGAAAUGCGUGUGUAAGGAACAUAUUGUUACAACUUCCAUGAGGUAAUUAUUUAAGGUAUUUCAUUCUUGACAAAAACACUGGUGUAAAUAUGAGAGUAACUGGAUGAGUGUCUCAAAACAGUUUGAAGACAGUAACCGAACAUAAGGUAUUGUUUGUUAGACUAGUUACAUAUGAGAACAUUACAAAACGGGAGUAUUUGAAACCAACCAACCCAAUUAUUGUGCUAGCUAGCCUACUGCUGUUGAGAAAUUGUUGUAAAUAUGUGUUGGAAAAAAGUAUUUAUAGAACAUGUACAGCUUUGGCAAUAUCAAAAUAAAAGUUGUCAACCAAA